UAAGUACUAAUUCCACGAUGGGACUUGACUUCCUAUAAUCCUAACCCGGAACGGAUUUGACCUCCUUGUUUCGUAUAGAUUUUAGUACUCCUACGUUGUCUCUGUUGGCUGAUUGAAAGACAUUAUAGUUUACAGAAACAGAAAAGAAAAGAAAAGAAAAAAAAACCCCAAUGGGAGAAGAAAACAAGAAGAUCAACAAAGAAGAGGUAAUUGCAAAACUCAAGGACGAUGGUGACUUCGACAAGCUCCGUCUCAAAAUCAUUCGCAAGCUCAAGGAUAACGAUGAGUUACGCAACAACAUCAUUGCAGCUGUGAAGCAAUCAGCAGCACUUAACCGUCCAGGUGCCGAAAAUAUGAAACCAAGACAACUAUCAGAUGCCAUACACGAGGAGGUUGGGAACAAAGUAAUGGGCCAAAUUUCUGAUAGUCUGUGGGAAGUAAUCAGAUCAGAAGGUGGCAUGAGAAGUGAAAUUACAGAAACAGUACAAUCUGUGUACAAUAAAUUAGUUAAUCCUCGAGGGAAAGAAGAGGGCGAAUCAUCUAUUCAUGAUAAGAUGCCUGUUAAAAAGGAAGCUGAAAAUAAUGGUUUCAUUAAGGGCUCAGCUGGUCGAGUUGAUGAUACAUUAUCUGAUGGUGAUCCAAAAGAACCACCAGGUUUCUCUCUGUCCAAUAUUCAUCACAGCAACCACCAUCAGCAGCAGAAUGAGGCAGAGCAGCAGCUUCCUAGGCCUUAUGAAAAUGGACCUAUCGAAAACUGGAAGGAAGAGCCUGGCCACCCACAGAAUGGGCAGGAACAGGAUGAUGUUGAUGUUGGUGUGCCACCUGGCUUUUCUGAAGAUAUUGACCAGAAGCAGUCAUGUGAUGUUAGUGAUGAGGACCCGGAUGUGCCUCCUGGAUUUGGUUGAUGAGAAUCAACUUGCAAGUCAUUUUUCACUACCAUCAUGCAGCUGUAAAUGUGGUAGAGACUAUACGGUGAAUGAGUCAGUAAUGAACUACAGAGACGGUAUACCUUUUUUCUGCUCUAAAAGGCUCUUCUUUUCGUGGUAGUGAGGGAGGGAACUGUAUCUGCUAUGUUUGACAACCAGAUGCUAUAUUCUUAUCUUGAUUUGAUCUUGAAUAACUUAUCAUAGCAUUCUUGAGAAUCUGCAAGGGAUUUACUAAUAUUAUAAGAGGGUUUUUAUAAACGUAA